GUGGCUACUGUAGAGUCUAGCAGUGGGGAAAAUUCCUCGAUAUCACUGAACUUUGCGGUAUGUCAGUGUUUCGGUCGGAGUAAACGAUUCAAGCGAGCACAUACAUGUGGAGUUACUGAUCGUGUGAGUGUUGAUAAACUGCAAGAAUAAUGAAUCGCCGUGGUUCGGAUUUGCUGACAAUUAUUUGUUUAGUAAUUAGUAUUAGCUCUAAUGCAGAAUCCUUUGAUGUAGAUGAGUUCUCUCGACGGAUUUCAGAGUUUGUUGAGUCUGGAUUACGUUGUCAUGACAAUCCGGGUCUGGCAAUAUCUGUAGUAAGAAAUGGGGAAACUAUUUUUUCAAGGGGUUUUGGAGUGAAAAGCUUGACCGAUCCUGGAGCGGUCACGAACCAGACGCUGUUCGGUAUUGCCUCUCUGUCAAAGGCCUUUGCUGCAACUCUGCUCCUGGCCCAGAUACAAGAAGAUGAAAAUCUAAGCCUGUCGACUCAAGUGAGGUCCGUUCUAAAUGACACAGAGGUGUUUGCGGACUAUCUGCGGUCCCACUAUGCCACGUUGGAAGACUUAUUGGCCCACAGAAUUGGAGUUCCCUCAAACAACAACAUUCGCUUUAAUACCAACGUCACCAGGAAGAAUCUGUACAAACGCCUUAAGUACCUUUCACCAAAGAGCGGCUUUAGAACGUCCUUCACCUACAGCAACCUUAUGUAUGGUCUCGUGACCUACAUAUCAGAGGUCAUUGGCGGAAAAUCCUGGGAGGAACUCGUUACCGAGAAAUUGCUCCGCCCGCUUGAUAUGACGUCAACAACUUUUAUGACAACAGCUGAUUUCGAUGACCUCGACCUUGCGCAGGGAUAUGUGGACUACUUUGGAAAGCUGUAUCCGGUGCCAGUUGACUUUACCAAGCGCUGGGCGGAGCUUUGUGGCUCUGGGUGUAUCAUUAGCAACGCCAAUGAUAUGGCAGAAUGGAUGAAAUUUCACCUUCGUGGUGGAAGAAACGCCCAGAGCAAGCCCGUGAUUGACACAGAUAUCCUGGAGCAUGCGCACGAGCCACAAAACAGCAUAUCUUACUCGUCAACAGAUAAAUACUACAAGAAACCUAUAUUGCCUGUGACCCUGUCGACUCCGAAUUAUGGGUUUGGUUGGAAAGUCGGUCACUACAGAGGAUGGAAAACCUCGUUGCAUACGGGAUCUACUUUUGGUUACCGAUCAAUGACGUCAUUAUUCCCAGAUCAGGACUUUGGUGUGUUUACUGUAUUCACUGGAGAUGAUCCGAGCUAUCUAUUCAGGACUAAUCUGAAUCUAUACACCGCUGAUUUAUUGUUAGGGGUCGACCCCUGGCUAAAUGCAAGCACCAUUUGCACGUUUCCUGAGCCUUGGAAAAGUAGUUCCAAAAGUAGUUCUUCUCCACCGCGCAAGGAUAUAAAGCCUAACCGAGAUUUGGACCUUUACUGUGGGGUUUACAGUAACGAGGCGUAUGGAAAUGUUGAGAUCUACAAAAAUGAGACUGAAAAUGUUCUCAUGGGUCGUUAUGGAUUCGCAGUUGUUGCCCUGUACCCGAAAAGUAGUGCGGACUACUUCUACGCCGAGGGACGAGAGCUCAUAAAGCACGUUAAAGACUUCAGUACUUUCAAAUUUCAAUCAACAUCGAGUAAAAUUACUCAGCUCAUUAUUCCAAGCUUCGAGACUAAAGACCCACCUGUGUUUAAACUCGUUCCCAAUUCAAGAAGGAAACGAAACAGUUUAACAAAUAGCUCUAUAAAAGUAACAUUCAGCGGAGUGCUGUUCAUUGUUUUACUUACUGCUGCUUUGUUGUAGAAUGUGUAUAUAUUAAUCUGUUUUUACAAAAGUAUUAUCUAAAAAUACCGAUGGGUUUAUGUAAAACUAAGUAAAAGUUCCAAAAAGAAUUUAUAAAUGUCGAAAACAAUUAAUUUGAAAGAAAUUUAGUUUAGUUUAACCAUAUUUUUUUACGAUUGUGAAACAAGUUAUUACAACAUUAUAUUAAUCACUCUCGUUGGCACGAUUUUACGCGAGAGUGUGGUCUUGUGUUGUGGGGGAAACCGGAGAACCCGGAGAAAACCCACUUGUCCGGCUUGGUGACCACAAACCAAACAUUUGAAAGAAAUGAGCGAAAAACAUGGUAUUUCUACCAUAUGAGACUGUAGAUAUAGAAGAACACAUUAAAUAUGUUAGCAUUCACAAAUCAUUUAAUAUGUUUGUGAUUUCUCAUGUUCAUGCUUUUAAAUACAGGGUAACAAUCUUGUUUGCAAUAAUUAACAUUUCCAUAAAUGCAUUGUUUAGUGAGUAGUUAAAGGUUUAUCACUCAAAAUUUAUGUUUGUUAUACAUGUGUAUGUAUUGAUUUAGAAUAAGAGUGUCACAUUAUUAACAACGUUCAAUAACUGGCUUUGGAUAUAAGUAAAAAUCGUUGUUAUGUAUCAUGUUCUAAUCUUCUCAUGAAGAAAUAUUCUUAUUAUUUGUUGGAGUGUAUAAACGCUUAGCAUAGAGUAACAGGGAUACCAAGAGAGAAGAUUUAUUUUAUUUGUUUUCCAAAACAAUGACCCAUGACCAUGUAUCCCACAUUUAAGACCUGCUGUAGUGGCAUGAAAUGACCUUGAAUUGUAUUUAUAUUGAA